UCGAUCAUGGCCUUUUUCAAGAGCAUCUGGAAAAAUAGCUCCAAGCACAAGAAAUUGUGCGAGGAGCUCGCUCUGGCCAACAGCAUCCGGGAUUUCUCCGAGAACCACGACGAACUGGAAGAUGGUUCGAACGAGGCCAUCAACUACAGCGUGAAGUACCUGGGCAACACCCCUGUGCAAACGCCGAGGUCGGAAAAUGCCACGGCUGAGGCGGUGAAGGCCAUUAUCACGGCAGCUAAAGGUAACAAAAAACUUCAACGCGUUUCGCUGGCAAUUUCACCGAAAGGGAUCGAAAUGGUCGACACCACGACGGGCGAAACGUUGCUGCAAGUGUCCAUCUACCAGAUCUCGUACUGUUCCGCCGACGCCAACCACGAUCACGUGUUCGCUUUCGUGGGCUGCACGCUCGGCUCCGAGGCGGAGGUGAAGGAGAUGUGCUUCCGGCGCACGGCGGAAGAGAUCAACCUCGAGGGGCCACUCGUGUGCCACGCGUUCCUGUGUCAGAAGCGCAAGAUGGCCCAGACGGUCACGCUGACUGUAGCCCGAAGCUUCGAGCGCGCGUUCCAGAUCUGGCAGAACAAGCAGUUCCACGCCGAGCGCAAGCGGAAAGACCUCGAGCAGCGUAUGGAGCGCGAGCUGGGCGGCGGAAGUGGCGAGUUGGCCCAGAAGACGGCAGGAUCCACGGGGUCAUCGUCGAGCGCUAGCGGUGGGGAAGAGGAAGCCAGCAACACCGGCGAACCCCGAAGCUUGCUGAUCGACUUCAAUUCCGAUCUGACGGAAAUCUGCGCCAACGCGCAUCAUCAUCGUGAACUCUUGCAAAACACUUGGGUGUCAUUUGAAGAUGAUCAAAAACCACAAGAGUUUCUCGCGGUGCCAAAAUUGACCUCCAAUUCCGGUUGGAGUGGGAUGGCCAUCUGUUCAAACUAAGUUCUCGAAGACGAUACAACUAGCAACGGAAUAGAAUUAGAACCCAUGCCAGGCUAAGCUUCAUGUGGCGUUUGACGAAGUGGCGUUUGCGCACGUUUUUUGUCUAAUAGGAAGUCAUCCCUCGAGGGGGUUUCAUUUUGUAAGGUUCUACAUAAACAUGGGGUUAGUCAGCCGGGUUAAAUAUAUUUUCUUCCAUUUUUAACUUCGUACCAGCAUCCCUUUUUAAAUGUCCCCUAUUUCCCAGAUAGCAGUAUGUAUGUGAUAAAAUGUUUUUAUUUUAAAUAAAUGUUCGAAUGGAAUA